CAGUUGCCAACAGCUGGUGCAGCUGCCGCGCUGCGCACCCGGACUGGCGAGUACGCAGCCCAGGUACUGCCCCUUCCCGGUGACGUCUCUGCAGCGGGUUAUAAAAAAACGUCGCGCUCAGUCUGCCGAGGUUCAGCUAACUCACAAGCGGUGCAGGACCCAAGCCAAGAGGCGCCUGCGAAGCUGCAGGCAGUGGCGGCGGCGGCGGCGGCGAAAGCAAAGGAAAAUUUUUCAGCCUGACACGGGGACCCAGAAUCUCGGCCUUGGACUCUGAACUUUUACAGGUCGCGUUGUGACGAGCACCCCCCUUGGCUCCCAAGUCCUCACGCAGCAGAGUUUUGCCUUCCCCGCUGUGGGUAGGGGGAUUGGCGUUACAAGCAGCAGCAGGUGUAGGAAGGCAGGGGUCUCCUGCUUCCUGGAACAGUGAUCCACGGAAUUUCUUUCCCUUUUUCAGUCCAACGCAGGAGAGACGCUGUCUCCAAAUGUUUCCUGAAGCUUGAAAGUGGGGGAAUUCAGAGCCACGAGAGCAGACAGCACAUCAAAAGCAUUCAUCUUCCUAGCGCCAAGUCUCCUACUUGCGAGGAAAGAGUUCUGCCAGAAAGCCUGCAAGCCCUCCUGUCUUGGUGAAGCAGUACCCUGACCCCAGGCGCUGGCCUCGGGACCCUGCUGCAACGUGGGUGCGUGUACAGGGAGAACAGCUUAGCCACUUAGCCGAGAAAUGGAUAACGUCCUCCCUGUCGAGUCAGACGUCUUCCCAAACAUCUCCACCAAUACCUCGGGGACACACCAGUUUGUGCAGCCAGCCUGGCAAAUUGUCCUUUGGGCAGCUGCCUACAUAAUCAUCGUGGUGACCGCCGUGGUGGGCAACGUGGUGGUAAUGUGGAUCAUCUUGGCCCACAAGAGAAUGAGGACAGUCACCAACUAUUUCCUGGUGAACUUGGCCUUCGCCGAGGCCUCCAUGGCUGCCUUCAACACAGUGGUGAACUUCACCUACGCUAUCCACAACGAGUGGUACUAUGGCCUGUUCUACUGCAAGUUCCACAACUUCUUCCCCGUCGCUUCGGUCUUCGCCAGCAUCUACUCCAUGACAGCCGUGGCCUUGGAUAGGUACAUGGCCAUCAUCCAUCCCCUCCAGCCCCGGCUGUCAGCCACAGCUACCAAGGCGGUCAUCUGUGUCAUCUGGGUCCUGGCUCUCCUGCUGUCCUUCCCCCUGGGCUAUUACUCAACCACGGUGACCUAUCCCGAGAGGGUGGUGUGCAUGACCCGAUGGCCGAAGCAUCCCAAAAAAGCUUAUGAGAAAGCGUACCACAUGACCUUGCCGGUGCUGAUCUACUUCCUCCCCCUGCUGGUGAUUGGCUAUGCAUACACCGUAGUAGGAAUCACACUGUGGGCCAGCGAGAUACCUGGGGACUCCUCUGAUCGUUACCAUGAGCAGGUCUCUGCCAAGCGCAAGGUGGUCAAGAUGAUGAUCGUCGUGGUGUGCACUUUUGCCAUCUGCUGGCUGCCCUUCCACAUCUUCUUCAUCCUGCCCUACAUCAAACCAGAUCUCUAUGUGAAGAAGUUUAUUCAGCAGGUCUACCUGGCCGUCAUGUGGCUGGCCAUGAGUUCUACCAUGUAUAACCCUAUCAUCUACUGCUGCCUCAAUGACAGGUUCCGGGUGGGCUUCAAGCAUGCCUUCCGAUGCUGCCCUUUUAUCAGUGCCGGUGACUACGAGGGGCUCGAAAUGAAAUCCACCCGCUACCUCCAGACCCAGGGUAGCGUGUAUAAAGUCAGCCGCCUGGAGACCACUGUCUCCACAGUGGUGGGGAACCACGAGGAGGAGCUGGAGGAUGGCCCCAAGGCUACACCCUCUUCCCUGGACCUGACCUCCAACGGCUCCUCUCGCAGCAACUCCAAGACCAUGACAGAGAGCUUCAGCUUCUACUCUAACAUGCUCUCCUAGACCCCAGGGCCUUCAGCAGGGGCAGCCACCAUCGUUUUUGUCUUGCUUCCUUUCAUGCAUUCCUUGACCCAGAAACCAUCAGAAACACCCUAACAUUGCAGCUUAUGAAAAGGGUCAGAAUGGUUUAGGAAACACAUUCCAUCCCAGAGUAAAAAAAAAACACCUAGAUUCUUCCAUGUUUCUGCCACCCCCAUGCUAUGUGGCCCAAGGCAAAUCAUCAAACUUCUCUGAGCCUGUAAAAUGGGAAAGUUGGACACAAUUUUCUCCUCAAUCCAUGCCAUGAUUCUACAAUGAAUUUUAGUUGCAUGUGAGCACUCAUUUCAGGAAGAAUCCUGUAAUACAACAACAAAUCCAGCCUCUGUCUUACUUCAAUAAAGUCAUCCUCAGUCAUGCACAGAUCCCGCUCCUUUAGCUAGUUGGCACCUUCUCUUGAUAGGGUGAACAAAAGAAGGAACCAACACAAAAUCUGAAUGAAAGAUUUAACCCCGUCUUCCAAGCACCCAUGAAAGGAAGAAAAAGUCUGCCCCUUUUUGACAUCUCUAUAUUUUAGGGCAUUUAAACAUCACAAAAUUGAGAGUUGCAGAUUCAUCUGUGUCACAUCCCCAGUGACUAUCCUGAGCAACUGAUGCAGGCAGAAUAUGUCCACUGAUACCAGCUAAUGUCUGUCAUGGACCAAGAGGCAGGAGAGCUGUACCAUACUUAAUCUGUCUGAGCCUCUUUUUCCUUAUUUGUAAAACUAUGGGGCUGAACUGGAUCAUCUAAGUGUCCCUUCAAAUUUUGACAUUCAAUGGUUCAAUGAUUGUAUGAGUUUUCUCUUUGUUUCACCAAAAUAUGGUGAUAUCAGAAAGAGUAGGAACAGAGAGUCUAGUGACUUGAUACCCAGGUCCUGGGGAAGUAGUAACUGCUAUGUGUCAAUACCCAUAGCAGACAUUCUCUGAUUUAUCCUAAAAUGUGAGUACUUUUUUUCUCCUGGAAGGUUUUGGCCUUUGACAGAGCUGAAGACUUGCUGUCAAAGCCGCAUCUCUCCAUCAGGCUUUAGCAGGCCAAGCCUGCAGCUGGAGAUGCCAUCAGGUAAACAAACUUGUAGGCCUCUGCUUUGGCCUUUUGGGUAUCUUAGGACAGGGGCACUGACCCAGAGUCGUAGCGUUGCUCUAACACCAGGCAUAUGUUCAAAUGCCCAAUGAGCAAAGGGGUUGCACACUGCAGCAGCACCUCUGGGAAGAGCCUACCUUACACCUUCCCUUCAGCCUCUCUGCAUCUCCCCUUCCUGUCCACCCCCCACCCCCAUGGCUUUGCUGGCCUGUCUGUAAGAGGUGGGACAACACACCAACCCUACAGAACAGUCCAUCUACUGAGAACCAUGAACUUAAUGCUUCAUGUCCCAGUACCGCUUUGGGGAUUCCAGCAGGUGAGCAUGCAGUUCCUUUUUGUCUCCCAGAUCUGUGCUUCAUCCAGAUGUGGCUGAAAGCAGAAGCCUCGUGUAACAUGAAUGAUGGCCACCCUCGUGGUUUGAAAAAUGGCUGCACUUGCGCUGUAUCCACGUGUGGAUGGAGAGCGAUGCUUCCCACAGGGUUGACAGCUUUUCCCAGCCCAGCUGGCUCUAACCCUAUGAAAGCAUGGGCAGGCCUAAGGGAGUUGUAUAGCAACAGUAUAAGCCAGAAAGACCCAAGAACCAUACUCUGCAAAGCCUCAUGGGAAAGAUUAAAUAAAUUUAGUAAAGCCAGCUCAAUGCAGAUACAUGCAUGGAAGACAUAAUUUAGGGACAACAAAAGUCAGUGGCGAGAGCAACAGUCAUGCUUCCAAUGAGGAAUCAUGCCAUGUGUGGAUGAUUCACUUCAGUGGGAUAUAAAGAACUAGCAUGAUUAUGACAAGGACCUAAGAAGAAACUGUCAAGAACUUGGAGACAACCUCUCUAUGGAAGAGAUUAGAGUUGAAUUCAACAAGGAUCACUGACUACCUGCUCUGGACUUAUCCCUGAGCUGGGGACACACAGCUCCUUCUGCUCCUAAGGAGCCUACUGGACUGGCCCUUGGUAACUCACCGGUCCCAGUGGGUCCAGGCCGGGCAGCAGGCAUGGGGGUAGUAGAGAAGCACAUUUUCCCCAGGAGUCUAAAGACCCACAUUCAACACGGGUAAUCGACCCAAGAACUAAGACCUUCAGAGAGCCUUUUCCAGUGAGCGUUCUCUGAGACAAUUCCAAAGGGAGCCACCAGUCAGUCCAGGGGACCUAGUGGGAUGUGACUGGACAGCAUUGUCACUGCGGAUAAUUACAGGGAGUGUGGGAUGGUACUGGGCAGUUUCAAAUACAGUAGAACAUCCCCUCUGAGCAAGCCCAGCAAGCCUUCCUCUGACCCACUCCCCAACACCCAUGUAACUUAUAAAAAUGUCAUCAGCUCCCAUGUGUAAGAAACACCAUGAUUUGCACUGUGCAUGGGUCUCAUUCCUACAGAAACGUGUUACCUUGUGUUUAUCUCCUAAGUGGUUUUCUAUGGUGUCCUGUUCAGUCGUAACAGGAUAUAAGACACCAUGGGGCCAAUCUUUGUCAUGUUACUUCCAAAAUAGGGGAUCCAGUUGCUGUCAGUGUGUUUUCUGCAUUGUGCCAAUCUCUCCUCCUCCUCCUCAUUCUUUCACAGAGAGGAGCUGAUGUAUAUUGUGAACUCACAGUGGGACUACAGUAAUCGAGGGGUGGGGAGGGGGGCCUUUAUGGGAGGAACUAAAGGGCAGGAGUCCUAGCCCUCCUCCCCAUCCACACCGGGAUGCUAAGACGUGCUGGGAUGUCCUUUCCCUUGGAAAGACUGAGGAGGCUCCUGGGAAAAGGGGAUCUGACAUCAUCGACCUGGCUCUCAGGAAGAAUCCUGUAAGUGGAGCCAGGUCAUCCCUGACGUUUGUUUUCCAGCCUGGGAUCUUGGAAAGAAUUUCCAUACAGAAAUAAAGUGUGUGUUUGAUGAUCUAACACCUCUGUCUCAUCACCAGGGAACCUCAGCACCCUACAGGAGGCUGAAUGGGGUAGUACUAUGAACCCUAUUAAUUUGCAUAGUCAAAAGAAUGGAACCCAACACUCAGCAAACUGCUAACGCUAUGACAAAAUGAGUUAGCAAGAUGUGGGGACUGGGCCGGCCGAGUGGCGCAAUGGUUAAGAGCUGGCUUGGGACACCAGAGGACCCUGGU